AUGUUCGUGUUCACGGCGGACAAGGCUGGCAUGAAGGGCGUGGACAAGCAGCACGUACAGGAGGUGGUGCACAAGAUGUCCAAGGACUCGUCCUUCUACCAGAAGUCGCUGCGUGACAACGAGAAGGUAGAGCAGCGAGUGGCUGCCAUGCGCAAGAAGCUCGCGGGCUUGACAGGAGGCCAGCAGCUGCGACUGCAACAGGAGGCCGACGAACGAGUCGCGCGGAUGGAGGCGACCCGGGACCUCUCGAAGACGAUUGUGGUUGUGGACAUGGAUAUGUUCUAUGCGGCCGUGGAGAUGCGAGACGACCCCAAGCUGUGCGACGUGCCGCUCGCAGUCGGCGGGAUGAACAUGAUCAGCACGACCAACUACGCUGCCAGACAAUUCGGCGUACGUGCUGCUAUGCCAGGCUUCAUUGGCAAAGAACUUUGUCCGGAGCUACAUUUCGUACCGGUGAACAUGGAGAAAUACGCAGGUGUCGCUGCACAGGUCCGCGCUGUGUUCGCACAGUACGACCCGAACUUCGAGGCUUUCAGUUUGGAUGAAGCGUGCCUGGAUCUGACAGACUACGUAGCGAAAAAUUGGCAAAAAUACGCCUCGGUCGCUUUAGACGACUUUGAGAGCAAGGAGGAGGUGCAGGAGGAGGAAGAGCAAUGGCCGUCAACCCCCGCUGGACGUGCUGCCAUUGCUGCUGCGGUUGUCCGUGAGUUGCGGCAGAAAAUCUUUGACUGCACCCAGUUGACUGCAAGCGCUGGAAUCGCAGUGAAUGCCAUGCUGGCUAAGAUUUGCUCGGAUAUGAAUAAACCCAACGGACAGUACGUGCUGCCGUUCACGCGCGAGCGGGUAUUGACUUUCCUUUGUGACCUACCGGUUCGAAAGAUUGGUGGCAUCGGCAAAGUCACGGAGAAGAUUCUUAACGAGGCCCUGGGCGUACAUACCGGCGGCGAGCUAUUUAAUCAACGGGGCAAGAUCUUCCAUUUGUUUACCGAGAAGACUGCAGUCUGGCUGCUGCAGACAUCACUUGGUGUGCGGGAGCGUCGAGAAAAGCAAGAGCGCAAGAGUUUCAGCCGUGAGCGCACGUUCCGAAGCCUGAGCGAUCCCAAGGAGCUCGAAGCCAAAUGCCUGGAGGUCUGCAAAAUGCUCGCGAAGGAUCUCGAGAAAGCGAACAAAGCAGCCAAGAACGUGACUUUCGUCUACAAGGACACCGAUUUUGCUCGCUGCUCUCGAUCGGUGACGCUAGCGUCUGCGAUUUUCACUGCUGAGGACCUGUACUCCAGCGCUGUUGAGCUGCUACGCCGCGAGUUGCCGCUUACACUUCGUCUUCUGGGCGUUCGCGCAGCAACGCUGGUUCAUCGUCCAAACUCGUCUGGAAGUGUGUCAAUCUCAUCGCAGUCCGAAGGCGCCAAGAAGCGGCAAUUGGUCAUCAACAACUCAAACCAAACGACUGCGCUUGAAGUAGAAAACAAGCCGUGUCCGAUCUGUAGCAAGCUGCUGAAUGUCAAGAACAACAUGGAAGUGAACGCUCACAUGGACGCGUGCGUCGUGAGCAAGAAGCCGAAGCAAAGCGGCAUCACGCAAGCCUUCACGGCCGUUCAGGAGUCGGAGAAGGUGGACGAGUACGUGAAGCCAUGCCCAAUAUGCGGAAAACUACUGAACGCACGGAGCUGUAUGGAGGUGAACGCGCACUUGGACGUCUGUGUCACUAGAGAUCGCUCGCCUCCGUCGCGGAGCGUGUUGGGCAAGAAGAGAGGAGCGCACGAUAUGUCUGCUACCCCGCGCAGGAAACCUGAGAACAGCAUUGAUGUCUUCUUUCGUAAAAACGUGUAG